AUGCAAAUGAAAUGGAAAUCCAUAUUUCAAAAAUUAAAAAGUGAGCUUGCCCUAGAUCAUACGAUUUCUAAUAAUCUAGAAAAUGCUAGUGGAACGCCACACUUUAAUUUCAACGCGGGAAGAUUUCACGUGAGGGAACGUGAUAACGGAGCGAUAACACCUCCCUAUGCGCGAUUUAAAGUCAGACGUACCAGCAGAGAUAAGGAAGAAAAUUAA